GGUCAUCGGCGUGAGCCGCACUGGCGAUAGGAGGAAAAUGGCGGGGAAGAAGAAUGUUCUGUCGUCUCUGGCGGUUUACGCGGAAGAUUCAGAGCCCGAGUCUGAUGGCGAGGCUGGAGUCGAAGCUGUGGGCAGCGCGGCGGAAGAGAAAGGUGGAUUGGUAUCUGAUGCCUAUGGAGAGGAUGACUUUUCUCGUCUCGGAGGUGAUGAAGAAGGUUAUGAAGAAGAGGAGGAUGAGAACAGCAAACAGUCGGAAGAUGACGAUUCAGAGACUGAAAAACCUGAGGCUGAUGACCCAAAGGAUAAUACAGAAGUAGAGAAGCGAGAUCCCCAGGAAUUAGUGGCCUCCUUUUCUGAACGGGUCCGGAACAUGUCACCUGAUGAAAUCAAGAUACCCCCAGAACCCCCUGGCAGAUGUUCAAAUCACUUACAGGACAAAAUCCAGAAACUUUAUGAACGAAAAAUCAAGGAGGGAAUGGAUAUGAAUUACAUUAUUCAAAGGAAAAAAGAAUUUCGGAACCCCAGCAUCUAUGAGAAACUGAUCCAGUUCUGUGCCAUUGAUGAGCUGGGCACCAACUACCCAAAGGAUAUGUUUGACCCCCAUGGCUGGUCUGAAGACUCCUACUAUGAAGCAUUAGCAAAGGCCCAGAAGAUUGAAAUGGACAAACUGGAAAAGGCCAAAAAGGAACGCACCAAAAUUGAAUUUGUGACGGGCACGAAGAAGGGCACCACAACUAAUGCCACAGCCACCACCACUACUACUGCCAGCACAGCUGUUGCAGAUGCCCAGAAGAGAAAGAGCAAGUGGGACUCUGCCAUCCCUGUGACAACAAUAGCACAGCCCACCAUUCUCACCACCACAGCCACCCUACCAGCUGUUGUCACUGUCACCACAAGCGCCAGUGGCUCCAAGACCACCGUCAUCUCUGCUGUGGGCACCAUUGUGAAGAAAGCCAAGCAGUGACCAGGAGACACUCAGGACUUGAAAGGCUAUGUAGCCCAGUGGCCACCGCCCACUGGAGGCGCCUCUUUGUAUAUUUUAGAACUCGGUUGCGCUCCUAGGUGCCUUCGAAAAGGAGCCUUUGUGUGGCUGUUUUCAGGCCAUGUGAAGCUCAAGGGCCCCUCCAUCUUCUCAGUCGGGAUUAUUGCCUCAGGAUGAACAGUGGGGUGACAGAAUCCUAUAGCACUGUUCAAAGGAGUACCCAGGAACUCGCUGGUCAUUCCCAGUGCAUGCCUCUUGGCUUGGGCAGGUGGGAGUUCAAGGAGGAGUUCAGACACACCUUUAUGUCUGCUUCCCUGACCCCACGGCCGGACCUCCGCAGCGUCUGAAGUGGGAGCAGAGGCCUGUGCUCUUGGGUGCACUUGAACACUCCCUACACUGCUUCGGAUACACACCCAGGCUUUUGAAAUCGGGCCAGAUACCAGAGGCUGGGGUGUCAUUCCCUGACCUGCACAGGGAGGGGGCAAAGUGUGGGCACCUGGCCAAGGCUUCUCCAGUCCCUUGGUGCCCAGUGAGCGUGGCCAGUAGGAUCCACGCAGUGGGGGAGAUGAAUCACCUCCUGCUCUGGCUGGGCCCCAGCGCAUUGUUUAUGUGAAAGCCCUGCUCUCGGGAGGGCUUCUGCCACCCCGCCCUUCCUCUGCCGUUAUCUCUGCCCAGCAGCAGCCCCUGGCAGUACCAAUGGUCUCCCUGCUGUGCUUGGGACCUAAGCAGGUUCCUCAGUCACUGCCAGCCCCAGAUUCAGGAAGGGACAGUCUGCCCCAGGUGCCCUUUGCCUUCGGGUAGUUACCCUCCAGCGGAAGAGCUGAGUGUCAAACAAGGAAGGCAGGCUGUGAAGAGUCCUGUUGCUUCGGUGGGCCAUAGAGACUGAAAAAAGUGGCCCUGAGAUUGUGGCAGGUACUGUUGUAUGACACUCUCCUAAAGUCCCUGGAAUAAAACAUUAAGUCACA